GCUCUAAAACUGCUAUCAAUAUUUGAUCGACUGAUUGACUAGAUCGGAUUAAGAAUUAGACUGAAAGGUGAUUUGGUGACCAUGGCAACAGAGGAAUGUUUCUACCUGAGAAUGGCCUUGCAUUUGAUGCUUCUUUUUACAUGUAGCACAGACGCCAAGAUGGACAUCAUCACCAGUAAGCAAGAUAUUCAAGUUGGAGAUGAGAUUUUACUUUUGUGCAAAGCUGGGGGAGAGGGAGACAUAAUGUGGCAAAAGAACGGCGAGGACGUCGAUGAAGAAAUGGUAUCAAAGGUGGACGAGACCUCCUCUAAAUUGUUCAUCAGGAGAGCCACGGUGGCAGAUGGCGGCAGGUAUACCUGCACUUGUGACUUCGACAACGGACACAAGGAUGAAGUUCAGACCCAGCUUUAUGUUUAUGAGGGUCCCUCAUUCGGAAGCACCCCCACCUACCAUGAGUUUCUGGAGGGCACAGAUGGGAAGGUUCCUUGUCUGGUGUCUGGGAAGCCGGCAGUGGAGGUCCGCUGGGCAUACAACAAGGAGGCCAUCUUUUCUCGUGGAAAUCAUGUUCGCCAGCUGCCUGAUAACGCGCUCCUGAUUGAGAAAGUGCGGAGACAGGAUGCUGGGACAUACGUGUGCCAAGCCCAGAUUAAAGGAAGACCCAUCAUCAAGCAGCUUUUCAUAUCUGUUGUUAUUAAUGCUCCUCCUACUGUGCGUCUGAGAGAAGAGGUAAGGAAAGUGAUAGCUGGACCAGAAACCAAUGUUUCCCUGCUGUGUUUGGUGGACGGGCAACCAAAACCCAACAUCACCUGGAGCAUGCCGGUACUUUAUGACCCUGCACAUCAUAAGUUCAACUCUGACCGCAGCCAGUUGACCAUAACGUCAGUUGUCAGGGAUGACUAUGGCGAGUAUGUCUGCACGGCCACCAACAAGAUCACUGAAACCAGUGCCACCAUCUUGCUUCAUGUUUUUGAGGCGCCAGAGGUGUCUUUGUCAGUCGAGCAGCAGAACGUCAACACAGGCGAGCGUGUCUCUGUGGCCUGUAACGUGUCCGGUCUUCCUCAGCCUGAACUGCACUGGAUCAACAAGUACAACGGACAAACCCUGUACUCUUCUUCUGGUCGUGUCCGUGUUGAGGAAGGUGUGUUGGUAAUUGAUGAAAUAGUGCCCUCUGAUGGAGGUCUGUAUUCCUGCAUGGCGGUCAGCAGCAUCGGCAAUGCAUCGAGAGAUGUUGCCCUUCACACCCAGCCUGGUCCUCCUCUCUACGUAUCCGUGUCACCUGGUCCUGCAUCGGUCUUCUUCUCCCUCAAAACUCUGCCUGUCAGUGGGGGGACACCCAUCACAAGCUUCGUCCUCCAGUGGAGGGAAAAUGCAGCUGAACAAUGGAAGGAGGUCACAGUCCCAAACGCUGACACACUGGCUAUGACUUCCCUCCGGCCGUACACAUUGUAUAGCGUACGUUUGGCUGCUAUGAAUGCAGCCGGACUGGGCCAAUUCUCAGAAGCAAACAUUGUCCGCACCCAAGGAAUACGAGGUGAGCCCGACAGCCCACUUUUGUUGUCUGAUGAGAUGAACGUUGAGGGGAACUCCUUCUCUGUGCCCCUUAAACCUACCGGCGAUGGUGGGACUCCUCUCCUGCACUACACUGUGCGAUAUCGCCAGGAUAAAGAUGGGGCUGAGUGGAAGGAGAAGCAACUGUCAUCCAAUACUGACUCCGUCACGCUCAAAGACCUGACCUUUGGCUCUGACUAUCAACUGGAAGUCCUAGCAAUUAAUAUGAAUGGUUCCUCUAUCCCCGCGGUAUUCAACUUCACCAUUGCAGAACAACCUGUACGGAGAAGCAGCAUGACCAAAGGCAGCGUGGUCGGCAUCGUCAUGGUGAUCUUCCUGGUAGUGUUCCUGAUAGUGGAUGCCACCUGCUGCUACAGGAACCAUUGUGGUCUUCUCAUGUCUAUUGCUGUCAAACUCUUUGGACAGAAAGUUCCAGGCCUGAAAGUUCUUGAAGAAGGAGAAGGCGCCGCGAAGGAGGAUUUGAAUAUGAAUGGGAUGUCCACUCCCAGAGGUGGCAGACACCAUACAGGAGUUCAGACAAACUCCUCAAAAGAAGGCGGACCACUAACAGAGGUCGCCUGUGACAAAGUUUCCCUCACUAAACAUGAGACAACACAACCAGACAGGAAUCUUCCCAAAAGAGAUGCAUGAGGUUAACAUCUCCAAGCCAUGAAAACCACAUUUUCAAAGACAACCAUCCAAGCUUCAGUCUCGUCAGCAGUGUUGUGGAAACCAAAUGAACGUGUGGUUCUUUCAUUCUUCUACGCGACUGAUGUUUUGCGACGACAGCAAAGCAUCCUCUGACUUUCUCAUCGUGAAAACAUCCCAUUUUGUAAUAAGGCCGUUUCAGAUGGCAAGUGAUACAUGAUGAUCAUCGUGGUGGUCUGCUCGCUCAGCUGAGUUCAUCGUAAAGCUUUAAGGUCCAUGGAAUUCUUAUAGCUCCAUUUACAGGGUGAUGUUGAGAUCGGUCUUUUACAGGGUAUUGGUGUAUGUAAUUUAUUCUUGAAAUGACAAUGUUCUUAAGUUGGCACAAAUGAGUUUUGAAUAAUGCAGACCAAACGUUUGUGUAUUCCUAACAAUAUCCAGAGCAGCUCUUUUAACAUUCAAAUAAUGCCUUUCUGUGUUCAUGUAUUUAAGUGUUUGCAUUUUAUUAACUUGUUAUUAAUGUUCUAUUGCCACUGCUUUGCUGAGCUUCAUGUUAUAACAAGAAACACAAGUAACACAGGUGAAUUGGAAUGAAACAUUUAAUAUGUUAUGAUAAUAUAAAGUACACACAAAACAUAUGGCAGUAAGAACGUAUUCUACAAUCUUCAAUGUGUGACGAUAAUGUAUGAUUCCAUCAUGUUUGCACAUGAGUUGAU